AAUGAAUGGGAUGUGAAUGUGAGGCUGCCCGGGACGCCUGAAGGGGGUUGCACCGUGCUCUAUGUCCCGGCCGUCCUGCCGCGCUGGGGCCGGAACUCGGCCUUGGCCCGUGCGCUGCUGGGAGCGGAAGGGGCGGGCGGCGGCGCGGCGUGCGCUAUGGUGGCCACCAGGCGGGCGGUGCGGCAGCGGGAGUCGAGGGCGGCGGCAUCCAGGGGUGAUGGGCCCGGCGGUGCUACGGAGACAGUAUCUGAUGAAAUCGGUCCUUUGGGAUCUACAAGGAUGUCCACAAGGAGUAAAGCAGCUUGUAACCCUGAUGUAAUUCAGGAAUCUCAGCUGGAAGAGGUCGACCAUGCAGGAACAAAACCAGAUGUCAGUGAUAGCACAGGGAUACAAACUAGUAGAAAUGAGAAUACAGCUGUUCAUUCAGCACAAUCAUCCAUCAAUCCACAGGCUGAUGGGGAUGUGUCAGAGACAGAAUCAAACUGCUCUACUGUGUCUGGUCUUCAGACGCCUCUGCUUAUAAGAGUAACAAGAAGGCGACAAAUUGUAGUUCCUUAUCAACCAGCUUCUCCUGCCAAAAAAAGACAUGACAGGACUGCUUUUCUAAAUGAGUUAAGCAGGACUGUGGAUGAAGAUGAUGCCUCUGAAGCUGAGUCUUGGUCCUCUGCUGUUUCUGAUGUCCGGAUGUCUAAUGUUACCAAAACUACAAGAAACAGGCAAAGCAAGAAGUGCGAAGCCCAGAGUGAAGAUGUCUCUGAUGCGGAGUCAUGCAGUUUUCAUGUGGAGCCAUCCACGACUACCAAACGAACUACUAGGAGCAUGCGAAUGAAACUGCAAGCAGAAAAUACUCAGUGUGCUGAGAAAGUAACCAAAAUUGUUUCAAAACCGGCGAAUGUAAUAGAGGACGCAAAUGAAUCUGAGUCAGACCUAAUUUCUGAUUCUAGCCCUGCUGCAGUUGCUUCCUUUGACACUGAGUGUAAUAAAGAAUCUGGUUCACCUAAGAGCAAAUGUUCUCCCAAAUCUGCUAACGUAAUCCCAAGUGAAGAUGUGGAACGGGACUUUUUGAUUGAAAUGGCACCCAGUAGCCCUGAAGAAAUGGAAGAAAAAAGUACUACUGAAUCACCAGUAAAAAAAGCAUUACCAGAUACUCAGGUUGUUGAGAUAGAUGAGUCAGAGGAAGAAUGUGGCCAGAUGCAAGAAGAGCACAGUAAAGCACCAAGGGAGGUGACAUUAAAGAGUGUGGGUGUUUUUUUGAUUGACUGCAUGAGUUCCAAACUGUUUUCAGAAUCCUCAGGUGAAAUAACACCAAAUGAAAAUGAAGCAGUUCCAGGAAACAGAAGAGUAAAUGCUGGGGCAGCUGUACAGCAGCCUUCCACCCAUGCCUGUGGAUUAAGAAAGGGUGCACGGUCUGGUGCAAUGAGCAGCUCAGGGAAGGAUGUGUCUGUUGCACAAAUGACUGAUAGCAUAGUUAGUAGCUGUAGAAUGGUUGGAGUCAGUGUAGACAGCUGUGAAGACCAAACAAGAGAACGUGCUGAAUUUGAAUCCUGCAGCAGCAAAAGAUCCAGUGGUGAAAAUAAUUCCUUUUCGUUGUUUCUGAGCAAAGAUGGAAGUAGUGAAUCUGAGAACAGUGAUGCAGCAGAAGAGAAUCUGAGUGACACAGAGGCAGAUGAGAGGACUCCUUCCGUGAAGAAAUCUUUAGAAAAGAAUUCACUGCACGUUGAAGGGCUUUUUGUAAUUGAUACUAAGCCUGGGAUGGGCUCCAGCAAUGAGUAUUAUCUAGAUCAGGUAGACCAAGGUAGUGAUGUUGAAAGUAAGCAUGAACGGACUGAAAAAGUUGAAGAAUCCUCAGAUCUAGAAGAAGCUGAUGAAGAGGAGCUCAUAGAUGAAGAUGAAAAGGAUGAAGAUGAUGAUUUGUUGAAAAAUAAAAUUGACGUUUUGCAACUUUCCAGCAGCAUAGACCCUGGUUUGAAUAUCAGGAAGCUUGGAGGUUUGUAUAUUAGCUUUGAUGGAAAAAAACAAAAACCCAGUUCAAGUGCAAUUAAGCAACCGAAGGAGAAAAAGAAGGACCAGCUCUUGGAGAAGAGUAUAAUAACUCCGGAUUUUGAAAGAAAGGAAUGUGUCCCACCCUUCAGGGAAUCGCUUCAGCAGCUAAAGAAACAGCGCAGAGCAGAGCGAGAGAAGACAACAGGUGAUGGCUGGUUUGGUAUGAAAGCCCCAGAAAUCACAAGUGAACUGAAAAAUGAUCUUAAGAUCUUGAAGAUGAGAGCUUCAUUGGACCCCAAGCAUUUUUAUAAGAAGAAUGAUAGAGAUGGUCUGCCUAAAUACUUCCAGGUUGGAACGGUGGUUGAUUCUCCCAUAGACUUUUACCAUAGUCGAAUUCCUAAGAAACAGAGGAAGAAAACAAUUGUUGAAGAGCUGCUCGCAGAUUCUGAGUUUAGAAGAUAUAAUAAAAGGAAGUAUCAGGAGAUCAUGAGUGAAAAAGCAGCUUAUGCAGCAGGGAAGAAGAAUCGGAAGAAGAAGAAAUUUCACAAUUAAGACGGGAAGAAAAAUAACAAGCUGGAACAAGUUGUUUGUCAUAAAGCUUUUCUCAGAUUGCUUUGAUUCGUGGUGUGAUUUUUUUCUUAAUUUUAAGACUGAGGGUCAUGUACAUGGACAGCGAAGGAACUGAUUGCUGUAGGAAUUUGGUAGAAGCUUUAUCAAAUUAAUCAGAUAUCUAAAAUGAUGUUUAUAUGAAAGACUGUUGAAAAUUAAUGUUUAUUUUAAAAGUUGAUGAUUCGAAAGCAUGUUCUUUAGUCUGAGCACAGCAUCCAACGUUAUGGGUUACGGCCUGAUCAGUUUUCAGCCUUAACAUGAAUGAAUUAGCAAAUUUAGCUUUAAGUUAGGUGCAUAAUUCACUUUGGCGCCUAUUAUGUAUCGCAGAAAACUUUACCACAUCUUAGCAGAAGAUUUGCUGGCCAAAUCUGUAACAGGGUGUUGAGCAUUAGCUUAAUUAUAAAGUUCAUUUUAUUGUAGAGAGUUUAUUUCAACAGUGAAUAUAGCAGUUGAGAGCGUCCCAGAAUUCAGCAUAAACACUUAUACUUACAUGCAUACACAUAUAAAUAAUAUAUAUGAAUUAUAAAAUACAUAACAUUUAUUAAUAAAUUAAGAAAUACAUGCAAUAAAUAAUGUGUGUUUGUACAUUAAAAAAAUUAAUGUCCAGUCUUACAUCGCUUAAGUGUUACCAUAUGAUUGUUCGAUGAUUUUUGUGACAGUAAUUCAGCAGUUGGAUCCAUUACCAGGCAUGCAGCCUGCGGUCUGAUAGCUGCUGGAAUAGUUCUUCAGGAAAAUGAAUAUGGUGAGCUUGGUAGAAUGUAAGACGCUAUCAGUUCAGUUUCUUUUCUGUGUCAGUUCAUAACUUCUUGUGAUCGUUCAGUGUGUGCUGUUUGUUUGCUUUUUAAUGACCUUGUUCUUAUAUUGCUGUUUCAGUUAGUGUAAUUCAGUUACUGUCCUUAGCAGAGGCUAGAAGAGCUAGAACUAUCUCUGCAUUGUCUUGGAUGAACUGAGUGAGGCAAACUUAGACAAUGUUAUCAGAACUCCAACGAUGUUUAUUGUUAUAAGAAGAACAAAUUUCAAAGGUUGCAGAUUUUACACAAGAAGGAUGUUCUUGACCAGUGUUUAACCAGCUGAUUUUUCACUCUGCAGAGUAAGUAGCUGGGGGUUGGGUGAUUCAGCAGUUUGUGCUGGAGGGAGAUGAAAUGGCAUAUACUGAUCACCAGUUGAAGUUUGAAAGAAAAUUUCCCAUGAUCGCGUAGAUUUUCUUGUAUUUCUCUGAAGUUAAUCGUAAAUAAUUCACUGCCAAACACA